GCCAGAAUCGGAGCUCUCUGAUAGCUUUAUCUCCUUGGAUAGUACAUGUUAUCAAUCGAAAUACUGGCAUUGACGAACCCUGACGCGGCAGUUGACAGGACUGUUAUGAAACAAGUAGAGCUCCCCCGAGUUGGUUAUAAGUCUUACAUCUCCUUCCUCGUUCUGUUGCUCUUAGAAUUCGCUCGAGUCAUCUACCUUUGAGGUCCAAUUGAGUGCAAUUCUGAGAAUCUUCAACAUAAACCUAGCUGUCUUUACAUUCAUUCGUUCACUAUGGGUCUAAAGGGAAUUAAAUAUGCCGCGAAGGUGGACCUGGAGAAGCCCGCCGCUGAGCAGGCAUGCUUACAUAAUCGCUGGCACCCCGAUAUCCCCUCGGUCACCACCAUCACCCCCGGCGAACCUGUCAAAAUUGAAUGCAUCGACUGGACCGGCGGCCAAAUCGGCAACAAUGACUCUGCCAAUGAUGUCCGCGACGUCGACCUCACCCGUGUGCACUACCUCACCGGCCCCUUCGACAUCUCCGGUGCCGAACCCGGCGACGUCCUCCUCGUCGAAAUCCAAGACGUGCAGCCCCUAGAAGAGCAACCCUGGGGCUUCACAGGCGUGUUCGCGAAAGAGAAUGGCGGCGGGUUCCUCGACGAACUGUACCCCGCGCCCGCGAAAGCCAUCUGGGACUUCGAGGGGAUCCACUGCAGCAGUCGGCAUAUCCCCGGGGUGCGGUUCGCGGGGCUGAUCCAUCCAGGGAUCCUGGGGUGCGCGCCCAGUCAGGAGGUAUUGGAGACGUGGAAUCGGAGAGAGGGGGAGCUGGUGGCGGCGAAUACGGAGGUGGGGAGGGAGGUGGCGAAGUUGCCGGAGCCGGUGAAUGUGCAUGCGGGGAGUGCGGAUAAGGAGAUGAAGGAACGGGUGGGGAGGGAGGGGGCGAGGACGAUUCCUGGAAGGCCGGAACAUGGUGGGAAUUGCGAUAUUAAGAACUUGUCGCGAGGGAGUAAGGUGUAUCUGCCGGUGCAUGUUAAAGGGGCGAAGUUUAGUGUGGGAGAUCUGCAUUUCUCGCAGGGCGAUGGAGAGAUUUCUUUCUGCGGCGCCAUCGAAAUGGCAGGUGUUAUCACCCUCAAGUUCUCGGUCAUAAAGAACGGCCUGGCCGAACUCGCCAUGAAGUCUCCGAUUUACAUUCCAGGCCCCGUCGAGCCGCAAUUCGGACCGGGACGAUACAUCUACUUCGAAGGAUUCAGUGUCGACGAGAACGGCAAACAGCACUACAUGGAUACGACGGUCGCGUAUCGGCAGACGACGCUCCGGUGUUUCGAGUACUUGAAGCGAUUCGGCUAUAAUGACUACCAGAUUUAUCUGCUGCUUUCAUGUGCUCCUGUACAAGGCCACAUUGCCGGUGUUGUGGAUAUUCCAAACGCCUGCACCACCAUGGGGCUUCCGAUCGAUAUCUUCGACUUUGAUAUUUUACCAUCGGCGCCGGUCCAGAAGAGGGACAUGGGAUCGUGUGCAUUUGCAAGCAACUAAUCAUCUUUUUGGUUAUAUUGGUAUGGGCCGACUCUGCGUUGACGCUCCGUCGUCUAUAUAUAGCCAACCGAGCUUUGAAGAAAUGAAAUCUCUCACAACCGGG